CCAGUGCAGAAAGUUUAACGUCAUUCCGUAAAAAAAAAACUCAGACCAGAGCAACAGGAAAAGCCCGAGACCAAGGCAUUUCUCUUCGGUGCACGGGGUCUGCUCUUCAUCUCUCCAACGAGCAGAUCCACUGCCAGUUCCACUGCUUAAGCCUCGCUCUUGCCCGACCAGAAACUCCUCGGUUCUUCUCCGGAGAAGGUUGUGCCGCCGUUUUGCAUUCACAGUGACUGGGGUACAACCGAGAAAGGUGGUCACAUUAAAAACUGCCCCUGCUACGAUGGCCGGAAGAUUAGUUGAGAGCGAGGCGAUUUUCCUGAGCUGGUCUUUGAUUCUGAUCAGUCUUCUAGUGUCGGAUGUGCAAGCAACUGUUUCAUCUGCCAGUUACAAUCUCUAUUCUUCCAGGUCCGCUCCGCAGUACCCUGCCAACAGAGCCCCCGGGCGCGGCAAGAACUGGUGUGCUUAUAUUGUGAAGAAGAAUGUGACCUGUUCGGUGCUGGACGGCGCACAAAGUUACAUCAAGGCCGAAUAUCAACCGUGCCCCUGGGGUCUGGCCAACUGUCCAUCUGCUGUGGUAUAUCGGACCCAUUUCCGCCCCACGUAUAAAGUUGCAUAUAAGGUGGUGACUCAGCUGGCGUGGAGGUGUUGCCCUGGGUUUAAGGGUGAAGAUUGUAAGGAUGGUCUGUCAGCACGUACUGCAGUUUCUCCUCUGCCAUCUUCUGAUCCCCGAAAGAGGAAUCUUAUCCCCGAAACGACAGAGAGCCAAGGAUAUAAAGAGCCAUCUACUGACGCGCAAAGCCUGAAAAUCCAGCAGUUGGAAUAUGAAGUACAACGCCUUAACCAGGUUCUGGAAAAAAUGCAGGCUUCAGUAACGGGAUUGGGUGACAGUCUGAGGCACAGUGUCCAGGAAGAUACCAGCAAAACACUUGCAACAUUGUUGAACAACCUGAGACUAUCUGGCAGUGCUGUUGGCUUUGAGACUGUUCAUGGUUCAACUAUCCAAGAGAAUGGAGAGACAUUUUAUCAAUCAGAAAUGGGUGAAGUGAUGUCUAAAUUAACAGAAGUUAAGGAUGCAUUAAAGACUAAGAGUGAUAUGCUGGAUGAACUGCAUGGAAUGGUGAAUGGACAUGACGGACAAUUGAAGCAGCUCAUGGAAGCAGUUCAAGGACCUAUUUCUACCCAUUCUCCUUUUUCAGAUGGAGACUUUUAUCAAUCUUAUAUUGAUAGCAAAUUUGAAACUCUCAGGGAAGAGAUGAUGGUUGGCAUUGACAUGAAAUUUGCAGAUCUGAAGAAUUCCUGUGAGUACAAGUUAAUGUCUCUCAAAGAGCAGUGUGAAGAAAAUGAAUUGCAGUAUGAGAACAUGGAAAAAUUACUUGAUGAGAAAGAGGAUGAACUGAGAAAGGAGAUCAGUGGCAUCAGAAAUCUUCUAAUGCCAUCACCAGGCCAGUACAACUGCUGUACUUCCAUAGGUGCCUUAAAACGCCGAUUGAAUAAUAUGGAUGAAAGGGUCUACAGAAUAGCUGAUGCAAGCCAGGCAUUAAAUGCUAGAUUGGAUAAUGAAGUGGAGCGUUUUACAACUCUUAAUCUGGAAAAUAUGUUUAGUGAGAGACUAGAAGAAAUUGAAUCUAGAAUAAAUGUAACGGAGAGAAAUGCUGAAGAGCAUUGCUUUUAUAUUGAGUAUAAUCUGAGAGGACUCAUUGAAAAUGAAGUUGAUGGUGUGAAGGAACUGCUAAAGAAGCAGCUCCAGUUGUUACGGACCAAACAUAAUGACGAUUUGGCAGUAAUUGGCAACACAACUUUCAAUGCUGCAAUAGGCAGUGAGCUAGAAUCAUUACUUCAGAGUGAUCUGAAUUCGAGUAAUGAUCAAAUCAAUAAUAUGAUGGAGCAUCUUGAGAACAGGUUGCAGGAGAUAGAGAAUGUAUGCCAGAGUGGUUGUACAUCUGAUACAAGGGAGAUGAAUGACAUCAAAAAGGAUUUAGAAACCUGCAAGAACGAUCACAAGGAGCUGUUAUUAAAAACUGAACAAAACUUAAUUCUUGUUAAAUCUCUUAACAGUACAGUUCAUGAAGGUUUCAAGAAGGUGGAAGAAAAUACGGAUUUAGAAAUGACACACAGAGAAAUUAACAAACUAAAACAUGCAUUAAACACUGUUGAAGAUACUGUACAAACACAGUGGGAAGGUCUGAACAAGAGUACUGAAGCACUCUUAACCGUCGAGUCCAUGUUAACGAAGAAACAGCAGGAGUUCCUGGAUAAAAUUUACAAACUGCAAGAAACGGACAGAAAUUUGGAAACCCAGCUGCACAGGAAUGAGAGUCAGUUCAAUGAAAUGAAGGAACAACUGGAGCAGUUAACGGGUCAGAUGGCUAAAGACAUUAUUACGUGUAAACAUAGUACCCAGGGUAUCCAGAAGGAAGUUUCCCAUAUUGAUAGCAAGGUUGCACACAUUGAGAAUAUUUGCAGUAAGCUGGAUAAUAUUUCUGGCAGCCUACAGCGGAUUAAAGAUGGCCUGAACAAGCAUGUCAGCAGCCUUUGGAACUGUGUCCAUCAGAUAAAUGAAACUGUGAAAUCACACACUACAGAUAUUGUCACGCUGAAGACUGCUGCUCGCCAAUUCCGAACUCAAGUCCCCAAAGUUACACACAAAGUUGAAGAUGUCCUUCCACUUCAACCCAUACCAGUGGAAAGAGGACAAGCAGGACCCCCAGGCCCACCCAAGUCACCGAGACUUCCAUCCAAAACAGCUAAGUUUCCACCCGCCACUGGAACAAGCCAUGGUGUACUUAGGGAAGUAGGUUAUGCAGGUCCACCAGGAUCAAUGGAUACAUCAGAUAAUGAUGGCUCUCACAGAAUGAAGGAACAACAAAAUACACCACCCCCGAAUGGAGAAAAUGGAGUCACCAGGCAUUUCAUCACUGUGGGAGCUCCAAGAAUAGCAGGGAGUACAGUUGUUCGAAAGCACGUGGCCUUUUCUGUAGGCCUGACCAAAAAACCAUUUGUUGGCAAUGCAGGGAUUAUCCGAUUCGAUAAAGUUUUAGUUAAUGAUGGACAUCACUACAGUACAGAUACAGGUGUAUUUACAGCUCCCUUUGAGGGACAGUACCUUAUCACUGCAGUCCUUGCUCCACAGAGGAAUGAACACAUUGAAGCAAUCCUCUCUGUUUCUAAUCAAAGUAUCAUGCAGAUGGACACUUCUGGCUAUCAGAGAGAACUGCUGGAAUCUCAAAGACCCUUUCUGAGGAGAGAGAUUUGUGGAGGAGUUGGGACCUUCAACCUGAUUCUGAAUCUUAAAGUUGGAGAUGAAGUGAGUGUUGUAGUGAUUGAUGGUAAACUAGUUAACACAGAUGAAAUAUAUUCAACUUUCAGUGGAACUUUGCUAUAUGAAACAUCCCCUCAGAGCUAGCCAACUUGAAAGUAGGCCAAAAAAAAAGUUUAAAAACACAUCAACUUAGGGUGUGUGAAGGGAUGUGGAUAUUCCUGAAUCUGACAGUCAAAAAAACACUAUUUUAUAAAAUGUCAAUUCAAUUUUAAGGACUAAUUCCACAAAGUUAGAAUUCUGGAUAAGCUUCUGACUUAUGAUUUUACUAUUGAAGACUUUUAAAUAACCUUUUAGUAAUAGGAUUAUGAUCACAGUUCAUUAUACUAUCUAAAAGUAUUUCCAGUGGAGAGUUAAAGAUUAACUUUUAAACAUAUUUUCACUUGUUGACAAAGUUUACCAGAAUGUCCACAGCUGGAAGAUUCCAACUUCAGUCAGCUGAGGAAAGGUCAUUGUUGUAUUACAUAGUUAAGGAUGAGCAAACUAUAUUCAUGGGAUGGCCAAAAUUUUGCUUCGAUUUUUAAAAAUAUUUUCUGGGUAGUAAUUUUCAGUCAUAUUGUUGAAUGUCUAGUUUUAAUUCAGCAAACAUGAUUUUCCCCUUUACCUUCACUGUUUAUUUGAAUCAAGGGGAAAUGUUCCAUAAAGCUUAGCAAACUUGUCCUCAAAUUUCAAUUAAGAUUGCAUUCAAUCUAAUGUUUUUUUCUAUGGUAUCACUAAUCCACCAAUGUAAAUUUUUCUAUGCAACAACUCUUUGGAGUAAAUUGAUUAGAACAAUUAAAAUUGCAUCAUAGUUGCAAAGGUGCAAAGAUUUAAGGUAAUAAUUUAAACAUGUACUGUGCUUUAUUAUAUGCAAACUUGGUGUUAAUGGACACAGUAGUUUAUUAUACUUGCAACAAGUCAAUCCAGAGUAGCUUUGGUGCAUACCAACAAAAUCAAUACCUCAAGUCAGAUCUAAAAAUGUUAUGGUACAUUGCAUAGAUAAAAUCUUGUCUUGUGCUCUCUUGCUACA